UUGUAGUGCGCGUUAAAAGCUGAGUAUACAGCGCGUUGUUAAAGAGCAGAUAAUGUAUCAGUUUUUAAUAGGAACGUGAUUUUUUAGGAGCAAAAGAAAAUACAGAAUCCCUAUCUUUGAUGCCUCCUAAUAUACUGCACAGGAGACAAGUGUUGACCAUGGACCUGUGUAUGGAGUGUGAGGAUGAGGAGCUGGAUCCAUGGCAGAUGCCGGAAGAGCCGGAGCCCUCCCCACCCAAACCUGCUGCACAACCACCCCCACCACCGUACCCUGUGGCACCACAGCCACCCCCACUCACCCCCGCUGUACAACAGACAGCAACGAUCGCGCAGCAAUCGAAUGUUCUUCCACGUCCACCACCACUCACCCCAAGCCCUGCUGUCCAACAUAUGGUCAGUCCCCCCAUCUACCAACAGCCAUCUCAGGCAAAGCCAGUGACAGUUAGCACAGUAUCCCAGAAGGCUGUGGGGCAGGUAUCCCAGCCUGCCGUGCAAAUUGUUACCCAGAAUUCCUCAGCUUCUCAAACCACCAAGCCAAUUCUCAUCAACUUAACGCCACAGGGUACGUCCCAGCCCACCUACCUCAUGCCGGCGACGCAGCCCGGAGGCCAGUCGUACUACCUGAUGCCGCUGAACGUGACGGGCGUGCCCACGCUGCAGACCGUGAGUAACUCCGGCCCUGUCAUGCUGCAGCAGGUCCCCAGCGCCGUGCAGCCCGCGCCCAACGUCACCAUCGUGCCACAGAUGCCGCAAAUUCUACAGAUGUCACAACCUGCACCAGUUCCGACUCCUGCCCCGCCCACCACCAACAUUGUACACGUCAUUCAAAAUACAACUUCCAGCUCGGCCGCAACCCAGCUGAAAACCUUUGCACAACAAGCAAACACUACUGUAGCUAAACCCCUGUACAAGCUUGUAACAACCAGUCAGGCACCCAGCGAGAAUGCACAAGUCGCCCAGCAAGUAGCCAAUCCUGUGCAGGCAGCAACGAGUACCGCAUCAGCCACCAUCCACCAUCGUGGUCCCAUCGUCAGACCAAACCAGAUAUCGCAGGCCAAACCAGCCAUGACUGCCCAAACGCAGGUUCACCCGGUAAAAAUCACGCAGGCACAAGCUAAUCCUGUAGCGGUCGCCACAAGUAAGGUUGGACAAGUCUCUCAGGCACAGACUAAGCCUGCCGUGGCCACCCCAGGACAAGUUCAAGCUAGGCCUGGUGCACAGUCGCAGACGAGUACAAACCAAGCAACUUCAGCCAAGACUUCCACUAGUGCCCCACCCACAGGAACGGUCAUGUCAGCGCCCUCCACUGUGCCCAAGAGGAGAAAGAAGGGCCUCCCCCCUCCCCGAGUCGUCGCCAAGAUCCUACAAGACAAGACGGUCGUGUACGUGAAAUGUACGGAGAGCAGCUCUUCCACCAACAACACUGCUACGUUAACACAGAGCAAACCGUUGGAUAAUGUCCAGCCUGUUACUGUUAACAGUACUGCUAAGGUUACACCGACGCCCAUCCUACCUCGCCCAGUAGCUGUUCACCAGGCCCUACAGAGCCCCAGCCCCAUGGCUAUAGUCAACACUACAUCCUCAGCUACCAAAGUGACAUCCUUGACGUACACCUGUCCACUGUGUAACAAUAAGUUCUUCUCUCUGGCCACUCUUACUGCUCAUCGACAGAACUGCACCAAAAACACCCCGGCUGUCACGCAAUCACAUAACCAGCCACCUGCGGUUGAGUCUCCACUGCCCACACCCAGAGCAUCACCUACAUCAGCACCCAGUAAGACGCCCUCCCCUCCCAAGUCUAUCCAGCUCAACAUCACCAUAGAGGAGUAUUACUACGGCACUAAGGAACCCAACGUUUCUCCAGACAACACGGAAGAGAAAGGUCAGUGUGUGUUCAAAUGCUACACCUGCAGCAAGGUGCUGAAGUCCAACAUCAAGUACAUGAACCACAUCCGCCACCACAUCGAGCACGAGCGACAGCAGAACCCGGAUAUCAGCGAUGUCACGAGCUGUCAGCGAUGUUUCAAGAGGUUCGAGACACCGUUUCAACUGCAGUGCCACCUAGAGACCAUGCACAAUACUGCAAACCCUGACACAUUCUGCAAAAUCUGUGAGAUCUCGUUUAAGUCGGAGAAGGCCCUCCAGAGCCACAUGCUGAAUGAGCACCAGCCGCGUGAGAUGCCGUACGCCUGUAAGCUGUGCGGAUUCCGAUCUUCUGUCCUGUCCGACGUGGAGUCUCACUUCCGCCGGACUCACGAGGGAACUAAGAACCUACUCUGCACAUUCUGCUUGAAGAUUAUCGUCCAGUGCCGCGCGUUUGACGUCCACUGCCUGAAACACUUCCGCAAGAGCGACAAGAAGAAGUGCAAGUCGUGUCGUUUACAGUUCCACUCCGCGUCGGAGCUGCAGCAGCACCGUAAACACGACCACGUGUCCUUCGCGCCCGCUCACGUCAUCAAACAACACAAGGAAAACGCUAAACUCAGCUUCUCCUUCCAUAAGAAGGCCAACAAAAUACAGGUAUGA